UUGACCAUAAAUGCCUAGUUGGGUCAAUAAGCAAGGCUAUAUUUAGUUCUUUAAACUUAUGAGGCCGGUGUGUUACAUCUCUUAUCUUACAAAUUCAGAGUUUUCUCAUGUGCGUAGGGGAUCUCUAAAAGAAAAAAAAAAGAGAUCCCAUGUGGCAUUCUGUCUGCUAUAGUCAAACUGUAGUUGCCAAGGGUUACUGCAUCAUUUUCAUAGUUAUGACGUGUUGCCAUCACACUCAGCGGGUGGUUUCUGAUGGUUUGGGUGUUUCGUGAGAAAGUGUGAAUAAAUAUGUGCAUCUGGGGGCGGAUUUAUUUCUGGAUGUUGGACAUGCUGUCCCUUACUCACAUGGGAGACUCCAUAAUUCAUCAGUAGUGAAUGCGUCAUCAUGUCCUGUGUAGGGUUGGACCAGCCAUUCGUAAUAAGCUCUUACUUAAAUUAGAAUGCUAAGUCCACACUAGAGGCUUAGUAAGUACUAGCUAGUUUGUUACAAAAUCUAUACAUUAUUUGGCUGUACCAGUUGUUGGUAAGGCAGGACAUAGCUAGUAGUUCGAAAGCUCUCGGUAAAGUAAUGCAUAGUCGCAUAAUAUGACAUUUACCUUAAUUUAUUUAAUAGAAGCCUUCAAAUACGCGAGCAGAACUUGUUUAUUAAAUGCUGCGAAUUUCACCUAUUUUACCUUCAUUCUAACUUGUUUUGCCCUAAACAACUAAUGGUAAAAAAUAAGUUUCCAUUACAAACAAUACUACUUAACCAUGAAUAAUAUUAGCCUAUUGCUAAGCUAUUGUCAUAUAUUCAGAAACUGUAAUUCAAAUAAGUAUCAAAUAAAUACCUAAACAGCGGGACAUUGAGCACUUAGAACACAUUCAGUUUAUACAGCAAUACUGCUUUUAAGGAUUGUGUCUGAGGUUUGCUGCACUUGUACUGCAGCUCGCAGUGACUCAGCACAAGAGAGCAAAACGAUGCUUCUGGAAAAGGCUCUUAUAAUGGACGGAAAUGCCUUAUCGCUAAGAAGCUGUGACCUUUUUGACAAGGAGUUGAGACUAAAGGAGAUGAGACAGAGGAUGGAUGCUGGCAUGUUUGGGAGACGAGACAGGGCUGCAAUUAACUGGAUUUAAGGCACUGCGUGCACUGAUUCUUUCAUCCAAAAGGGUCUCUGGAGCCUGCGCAGAGGUUCUGCAGCAGAAGACCCAGUUUCUCAUGAGACUGCAACUAUUGUUUCAUCGAGGAAUCAGAUUACACACUGUAUUCUCUACUUGAGCUUAUAAAAGAGUUUGCUUUUGUAGCAGCUGAUGGGAUGAAGAAGAAUCCAACACAAAUAUCUCACAGAUUAGAGGAGACGCCUGACAGUUUACUGUGAAAACAGGACACAUCCCGAGGGAAUGCGGUUCACUCAUACACACGCUGCCUGCAAACACUGCUUUCCAUGUAGAAAUGGCGGCGGGCUCAGACUAUCAACGGCAAUAUGAUGCAAAAGAUGAGCCGGACGGUGGAGACAUGCAGUCUGAAGAGGGAACCGAGUGGCUCAUGGAGCUGCUCACCGACGUGCAGCUCCAGCAGUACUUUAUGCGUAUUCGUGAUGAGCUCAAUGUCACACGUCUCUCACACUUUGACUAUGUCAAAAAUGAGGACCUUGAAAAGAUUGGCAUGGGCCGACCAGGUCAAAGACGGCUAUGGGAGGCAGUGAAAAGGAGAAGGGCCAUGUGCAAAAGGAAGUCAUGGAUGAGCAAGUCUCUGUGCUUGGGCCAGCAGGUGUUCACUGGGAAGCGGCCUGACUCGGAUUCCCAGACCCCAGGGGUGUUCCGCAGCUCAUCCCCAUCCUCAGUUCAACCAGACGGACAGCCAGCCAAUCUCACCUGCAUCAUCAGUGACAGAGACCUCACGCUCUACGAGAAACUGGGAGAUGGCUCUUUCGGAGUGGUGAAACGUGGAGAAUGGCAGGCCCCGUCUGGAAGAGUGCUGAGUGUGGCUGUGAAGUGCCUGAAGACAGACCUGUUGGAACAGGAAGAAGGUUUAGAUGACUUCAUAAGGGAGGUUAACGCCAUGCAUUCCCUGGACCACCACAAUCUUAUUCGUCUCUAUGGUGUUGUCCUCACACACCCCAUGAAGAUGGUGACAGAACUUGCCCCAUUGGGUUCAUUGUUAGACCGCUUGAGGAAGCGUCAGGGUCAUAUUUUGAUAUCAGUACUGUGCCAUUACACCGUUCAGAUCGCCUGUGGCAUGGCGUACCUGGAGUCCCGACGAUUCAUUCACAGAGACCUGGCUGCACGCAACAUCCUUUUAGCCUCCAACGACCUUAUCAAAAUUGGUGACUUUGGCCUAAUGAGGGCCUUGCCUAAAAACGAUGAUCAUUAUGUGAUGCAGGAGCAUCACAAAGUCCCUUUUGCCUGGUGUGCUCCAGAAAGCCUAAAGACCCGAACCUUCUCCCAUGCCAGUGAUACUUGGAUGUUUGGAGUAACACUGUGGGAAAUGUUCACUCAUGGGCAGGAACCUUGGGUUGGACUCAAUGGUAGCCAGAUUCUCCAUAAGAUCGAUAGGGAGGGAGAGAGGCUUAUCAAACCAGAGGACUGUCCACAGGACAUUUAUAACGUCAUGCUGCAGUGCUGGUCGCCCAAACCUGAAGACAGGCCAACAUUUGUGUCCCUCAGGGACUUCCUUGUGGAGACAAUGCCCACUGACAUGAGGGCGCUGCAGGACUUUGAUGAGCCAGACAAACUUAAAAUUCAUGCUAACGACAUCAUCACCAUAAUUGAGGGAAGAGCAGAGAACUACUGGUGGAGGGGUCAGAACAGACAGACCCUGAAAGUAGGACAGUUCCCUAGGAAUGUGGUGACCUCUGUGGCUGGUCUGUCUGCUCAUGACAUCAGCCGACCUCUCAAGCACAGUUUCAUCCACACAGGCCAUGGAGACACGGAUCCACACCGUAGCUGGGGUGCCCCUGACAAGAUUGAUGAUCUGUACCUUGGUAAUCCCAUGGAUCCACCAGAUGUUCUUGGGAUGGAUUUAAAUGCAACAAAGCCCACUAAACUUCCAAACCGGUCUAAAAAACAACCUCCUCCUAGACCUCCUAAACCAGCCGUUCUUCUUAAGAAACCAUUUUAUGACUCUGUGCUGGAUGACGAUGAUGAUUUGAUAGUGACAGGUGUGAAGAAGCUCUCUCUUAAGACCUCCACAUACCUGGGUUUGCGUCUCCGCCCUUGGGAAAGCACUAGUCUGAGUGACCGCCUUAGCGAAGUCUCACUCAUUGACUUUGGAGAUGAUAGCUUCAGCUCAUCAUCACCCUCCCCCAUUACCGAGACCCCCAAUCCCAUCACAGCAAAGCCACCUGCAUCCUACGCUGCUUCCAUCUUGGAUAUGGCGCCACCGCAGAGCCCCAUUCGAGCGCUGCCCAACCCCAUGCACCCAACUCCAGUGGCGGAUUGGGAAAUGUGGCCCCUGCCUCCUCUUCCGGCCUACGACGAUGUGGCCGUGGAGUGUGCAGAGCAAGAAGACAUAGAAGUGAGCUCCAUAAAUGCAACCGUGUCACAGGAAGACAAUAUAUCUCAGUCAGAAGAUGAUGUUAAAAUUGAUAGUAAACACAACAUGGAGGACAAUCUCUUUCUUCCAACCAAGCAUGGUGAGGAAACCCACUCCUUUACACAAUCAGCAGACAUCUUUAAGGAGCUACAAAGGGAGGUGAUGGUGAAGCUUCGGGUCCCUCCGGCUGGACGUUCCCUCCCUUCUUCACCCCUCCCGACUCCUUCAGCUCUCACCCCACACCGCCAGAUCAUCCUACCCUGCUCCUAUGAGGACAAGCCUCAAAUCCCUCCAAGAAUCCCCAUCCCACCCAUGCGUCCAUCUAAGCGGCCAGGGAUAUACGGCAGCAGUUUGUCAGUUUCCCUUGGAGACAAUGAAGACAGGAGCCGAUGUCCGCCUCAGAUACCCCCGAGGGAUCAUGCUCUAUCUCAACCCAACUCUCGGGCACCAAGCCCCAUGGCGCCCCAAGGUGGCUCCCCUCAGCAAAGAUCCAGCCUCUGUUGCGUUGGAUCCUUGGGUUCCUGCCUGUCCCCAUCGUCAUAUUCUUCCGCGCCAUCCAGCUCCUCCGCCAUGUCUUAUACUUCGACGGCCACCACUACAAGUUCUCAGUACGGCUCUACUGAAGUGGCCCAGACUCCAGCUAAGAGUCCAUGCAUCGUUCCUAUCGUGUACGGUGGUGUGAAGGCCAGCAGCACUCAUUAUUACUUGCUACCUGAGAAACCAGCAUACCUGGACAAGUAUGACAGGUUCUUAAAGGACUCUGAGGGAAAUGUGGAGAAAAAAACAACCAAUAUGGCCACUGUGAGACCCAUGGUUCAACAGCAAGUUAACAAGGCCAACACUUCGCCUAGCUACACCAGUGGGCCAUCCAACAGUGGGACCUCUAAUAGUCUGGCCUGGUCCAGCAGCACCCUAGCAGGUGCCUACAACCGUGUCACACUCCAACAAGUGCAGGAAGCAGUACAUGGAGUGACUGUGGAGGAAUGUCAAACGGCCCUUCAGACACACGGCUGGAAUGCUCAGGAGGCCGUGAAAUAUCUUAAGGUGGAGCAGUUGUUUCGACUGGGUUUGAAGGCUCGGCCUGAAUGUGUGGAAGCUCUGGAGAGAUGUAGCUGGAAUCUAGAGCAAGCCAGCACCCAAAUGCUGGACUCCUACGGUCCAUCUAGACAUAGGAUCUAAUGGCUGGAAGUAGAAGAACAGAGCUAAUCUCCAUUCCACUGCAGCUAAUGAGAAUUGAGUUUCAUCUACUGCUCAUUGACUGUAGACCAGUAGAUAUUUGCAGGUCAUUUGAAUAUUCAUUGCUUUAUUGUUUAUAAUCAAUGCAAGACAAAUGCAAAAUUCACUUACUUGAAGUACAGCAGUGCAAUGUGAACAGCUGAACCAUGUACUUAAGACUGUGUGUUAUAUAAGUUUUAAAAUAGAAAAAGUUUGCUUUUCACUGCAUUAUGUGACUUUUCAGCAUUGAGCCUGUGAAAUGUUUGUAGUUUAUUUAUUCAGAAUAUUUUUCUGCAGUGGCAUAGGGAAGAUCUGAAAAUUGGAGACAUAAUGUGAAUCUUAUCAGCACAGCCAAUGAAUAUUAUGAGAUGACAAGAGUUGUAAUUUUUCUUUGCCACUGGUUUUAUGUAAAGAUAUAUAUACAAGGGUAUAUUGUAGAGACACAAUAAGCUUUUGAAUGGAUAUAUUGACCAUUGAGGUGUUGUUACAUUUACAGUUGUUAAGCUAUUUUUCACAGGCAAAAUCUGUAAUUUUAAUAGGAAUCCACAUGACCAGAAAGUUUGUAUAAUUGUGAAUGUUUCCUCACAGAUUUCACAGUGGGUUCAAGUUGGUCACUAGCAAAUGACCAACAGAAAGCUGCUUUGUGUGAAAGUGACUUCUGCGUGAAUUUCACAGAAACUUCGCUAAUGUGACCGCAACUUUACGCUCCUGUUUUAGCAUAAUGCUCAUACGUCUUUUAACUCUCAUACAUGAUGUCGCAUGCAGUUCACAGAUGUUGUUCUUGCUUAUUUAAACAUUUACUAGUUUUCAUUCAUUUAAUACUAUUCAGUGGUGUUCACAUUAGUCACAGUCAUGGACUACGACUGUCAUAUUUUAAAAUAAUUUUUAGAUGGUCUCAGGAUGGUCUCUUAGCCAAAAUAUUCUGGGAUGAUAACGAGAUACGUCAAAGACUUGUAUAGUGAGGUAGAUGUUAGAAUACACCCAUUUUCAUGUGCCAUGAUGACUGCAUACAACACUGCACCUAAUGUUUUGUUAAUUUAUUAAUUUCCUUGUUAGUUUGUUGGUCUUUAUUGUAUUUUUCAUCACAAGACCACUUAUGACAUAAUGUCAUUAGGAAAUCACCUUAUCUGUUACAUGAAUGGAACUGAGUUACAGUUAUUUCUUUUUUAUGUGCAUUUUUCUUCUGUCAGAACUGUAUGUCUCGCACAUUACAUCAAUCACACACAGACAUCUGGCUAGGUAAUUUGAGGCUUCUGCUCUGUGCUUGUGAUUUUAUCUGCCUCUUGUCCAGAUGUUCAGUAUUCUAAUUAUAGUUAUAUGUAUUUUACCUGCACUGGUUUUGUGUUCAUGGCUAUGCAAUUUGCUGUUGCGGAUCAUUUUUUGGAAUAUAGCCUGUGUCAGUGCUCACCUCAUGUAGGUUGCAUCCCACUUUUUAUAAAGUGAAUGGCAGAAUGCUGGGCUUACUGUUAAAGCUUUAUAAAUGUUUGUUGUAUAAUUAUCAAUCUGUAUUUUUGUAUGAAGUAAAUAUUUAAAGCUGCUGUGA